GCCGAUUGGCGGGACCGGGGACGCUGAACUUUAACACCUUUGCGCAUCGUUGUUAUUUCUGUUGUCAUUGUUAAUAUUAGUAGUAUUUCUGCUUGUUUUUGUUUUGCUCGCCGUGAGCAUGGUUGCCGCGCUCCGCUCCCUGCUCGUGUCCGUGACUCUGGCUGCGGUUGCGCGCCUGUCCACCGCCGUGGGCGCGGUGAUCCGCUGCGAGCCGUGCGACGCGGGAGCCUGGACGCUGUGCGAUCCCGUGCCCGAGGACUGCGUGGAGCGGGUGCGCGAACCGGGCUGCGGCUGUUGCGUGACGUGCGCGCUGGCCGAGGGUCGAGCGUGCGGGGUUUACACGGGGCGAUGCGGUGCGGGGCUGGUCUGCCGACACCGGCCGGGCGAACCGAGGCCACUGCACGCGCUGCUGGAGGGCCGAGGGGUGUGCGUGAACCAGACCGCACCUCCUUCAGUCAGCGCUCGACAAGUUGAGGGUGCCAGGAUGCCUGAGGAAGAUUCCAGCAGCAACACAACGAGCCCGUCUGUGCCAGCUGGACACGAGCAGUCAACGGAUGUCUCUCCCUCCCACAAUCGGCGUACUCCGCCCUACGGGCUUCACCCCAAAGCUGAGGACAUCCGACGGGAGCAAAUCCGGAAGAGCCAGAGCUUCAAAAUAGAGAAAUCUCCGGCAGUAGCCUCUUCCAACCAUGAGAACAUUGCCUUCGAGUCCAUGCUGGAGCGAGAAUAUGGUCCAUGUCGACGGGAAAUGGAUGGCAUACUCAACAUGGUGAAGGUCGCACACAUGGUGAACGCCCGAGGCUUUCGCAUCCCGAACUGCGACAGGAAAGGAUUCUACAGGAAAAAGCAGUGCUGGCCGUCUAAAGGUCGGAAACGAGGCAUAUGCUGGUGCGUGGACAAGUAUGGCCAGGCCCUGCCCGGCUUAGAAGGAAAGGAGAGAGGAAGUGUGCAGUGCUACACUAUGGAGAGCCAAUAAACAAAAGCAGACGGGGGGAAAA